AUGCCCUCUCAAAUUGCAGAUAUCUCGCUCCCGGUGCGCGAUGCACCAAAUAGGGAAUACCCGGCACCGCUGAAGCCCAGUGGUGCUUUGGAUAAGUUUGCAUUCGAAGAGACUACACCUGCUAUUGGCCUCUCCCAACGGGGCGUCGUCUUCUUCCGGGCCCAAGACAACCUCACCGACGACCUGCAAAAGCAGCUGGUGCACCGACUAGGACAGCUGUCAGGAAAGCCAGCCGACUCAACCCUCCACAUCCACCCGGUGCUCAACAACACCAAUGAAUUCGGUGUCGCAGACGCGCAGGUCAGCACGAUCAGCUCGCUUGCGCGCAAGAAGAUGUUCCGCCACGAGAAUCAGCCCAACAAACGUCGCUAUGACUCCGCCAGGUGGCACUCGGAUAUUCAGUUCGAGCCUGUCCCAGCCGACUACACCUCGCUCCGGCUGACCCAGCUGCCGAAGACUGGUGGCGACACGCUCUGGGCGUCCGGGUAUGAGCUGUACGACCGGUUUUCCAAACCGUAUCAGAAGUUUUUCGAAGGUCUGACGGCUACAUUUAUCGGGUCCGGCUUUCUUCAGGCUGCGGAGAGAGAUCCCGACAACGUCAGGAUCUACACGGAGCCCCGUGGUAGCCCGCUAAACGUUGGCAAGGACCUGGCUACUGUCCAUCCUGUUGUGCGCACGAAUCCGGUGACUGGCUGGAAGAGCAUCUUCGCUGUUGGGCCCUUCCCCCACAAGAUCAAUGAGCUCACCCAGACCGAAUCAGAUGAGUUGCUGAAGAAGUUCUAUAACACUAUCCUGGAGAAUCACGAUAUCCAGGUGCGGUUCAAGUGGAGAAACAAGAACGAUAUUGCCAUCUGGGACAACCGGUGUGCUUUCCACACGGCCACGUUUGACUACGAGGGCCUUGGAGAGCGAUUUGGUCAUCGGGCGGUUGGGAUUGGCGAAAAGCCAUACUUGGAUCCGAAUAGCUUGUCGAGAGAGGAGGGUCUUAGCAUCUAA